ACUACUAUCGCCCAGCAACUGGGUCUGGAGAUCUCCACCGUUGCAAACUUCUUCAUGAACGCUCGUCGGCGCUCUUCAGAAAAAUGGCAGGACGGAGACAGCAAGAACUCCAGCCUUGCUGACUCCUCCUCGCCCCGCUCUUCAGCCAGCCAACAGGAUGGCAUGCAGAUGCUACAAUCUAAAAUUCCCAGGGACACUAUUGACGAAUUUUCGAACGACGCCUCCCUCCUGGCCGCAGGUGGUCCAACUGCCGCGACCAAUGGUGCCUCAAUUUUGAACUUAAAGGCCGGUGCUGGGGCCCCUGGUGUCGCCCCGUUCCCCGCUUACUCGAAUUCCGGUGAGGUUGCAGCCGCUGGAGGCGUCGGGAACUACUCAAACUUUGGUAUCACUUUUGCCGGG